GGGAGCCCGACGGCUGCCGGCGGCACCGCUUUCGCUUUGCCGGCGGGCGCGGGCCGGCGCUGCGCCGCGGCAUGGCCACGGGACUCCUUCCCCGGCUCCUCGUCUUUGGCUUAAUUAUUGAAUCACAGUGCAAAAAUGAUACUGAAGCUCCAAUACACACAGUAUAUAAUAAAUUUAUUGCAAGGAGGAUCAUUGCAAAAAGGGAUAUUAGGUGUACUCCAGCCGAGUACAAUUUAGGUGGUACAUGUUGCAAGAAGUGUGAACGUGGCUUUGUUAAAAAUACUAACUGCCCAACAAACAUUAAGGAACACUGUGUUCAAUGCAAAUAUGGACGUGAGUACAUCGAUCAUACCAAUGAUUUGGACAAGUGUCUGAGAUGCGAUUCUUGUGAUAACAUGCUUGGUUUGGAGACUGCAAAGAAAUGUACUCCAAUACAGAACACAGAAUGCACUUGUGCAAAGAACCACUUUUGCAGUUCUUCUGGAUUAUGCACGCACUGUGAGCCAUGCACCAUAUGUGAAAGUGGUCUGGUUGAAAAACAAUGUACUUCAACUUCAGACACUGUAUGCAAAAUGAAAGAAAAAGGAAGCCUUUUGUGGAUCACUGGAGUUGUUCUGGGAAUUGUAGUGUUGGUACUACUUGGAAUAUUCUGCUAUAGGAAAAAAUCUAAGGAUAGCAGCAGGCAGUCCCCAGCUGAAGUAGUCUCCAAACCAGGAGUUUCUUCUGAGAUGGUACCUCUUGUAUUUGCAGAUAUUGACCUGAGUACCCAUAUUCCUGGUAUUGUGGGGGAGAUGACACUCCAGGAAGUCAAGACAUUUGUUCGUAAUCGCAAAGUACCAGAACCUGCCAUAGAUCAAAUUCUUCGGGAUAAUUUUAGUGAUACAUCUGAACAGAAGAUUAAGCUGUUUCAAGACUGGUAUCAAAGACAUGGGAUAAGAGGAGCCUAUGGGACUCUAAUCAACAGCCUGAGAGAGCUUAAAAUGUGCACUGCAGCUGACAAAAUUCAGGAAAAACUGCAGGCAGCUGUUCCCAGCAGUGAGGAAGGUAGACAAUCUUACAAUGAUAAUACUGAGCAAAGCACAACCUGCAGUCAGGAAGGUGGAGGUGGAAAUUCACAUCUUCAUAAAGCUGAGCUAAGUAAAACCUAUUCUGACAGUUUGGAAGAGACAUAGCAUGGAAUUAUUUGAAACUUUUUUCUAAUUAGCUUUGUAUUUCUGUUAAUAAACCAGUUAAUAAACCAUUA